CGGUGAUGGUUUGCCAUUUUCGCGUGAUGUCAAUUUCCAGAUUCUAGAAUAAUCGGAAUACAAGUGAAGUGAAGCUCAUUACCAGUGCAAUAACGCGUGUUGUCAUUAAAAUAAACUCUGGGUAGUUGAUAGAAGAAUUGUAAAGCAGUGAAGAUAUAUUUUGCAAUAUUGUGCAGUGUGUGUAAUUUGAAAUAGGUGCGCAAACGUCGCCAGCUGAAAAAUGGCCGCCAAGUAGUGUCGGUUGUGUCGCCACCUGUGCGCGCCGUGUCAGUCUCAGUCCGGUGUGCAAGAGGAGCGCGAGGAUCCCGCACGACAGUGUGCACACAGUGAUAGCGCAGUGAGAAUUAUUUCGCACGCCGCACGCAUCGCCGCUGAUAGAGAUAAAAGUAUCACUGCAUCCAAAAAGGGUUGGCGAGAAAAUUGUGAGCGUUGCCAGCGGAUCGUAAAUUCAUCCGCACCGCGGGCGCUGCCCCACGGCUCCCGCCAACCGCGCGGCCGCGUGCUGAAUGGAUCCGUACUACUUCCAGCCGGAGCAGGAAGGACCAGCGAAAAAACUGUGGCUGCGUCUUUGGCAGUCGACGCAGUCAGAGUUUGAGAAUAUGAACAUCGUCAAGGAGCCGACAGACGCCGCUGAUCUGGAGGCGAUUAAUAACACGCUCAAUCAGCAGCAGCACCAACCGCCGCCGCCGCCCGCGACGACCACGCCGCCCGGUCACUAUAUCAACGGUAAAGUCGGCCCACCGUCGGCGGACAAGAACGGCGGCGUGUUCGUGCAGCGGCGCCGCAAGCUGGAGACAAAUCGUGCCAGCUUGCGGUCACGACACCCCACCGACAUGCUGAAGGAGUUCGGGGGUGCGCCGUGGCGCCGCGCCGACUUCAGCUACGGACCCGGCAUCAUUGGUUUGCACCAAGAGAUGGAACACUUUUAUGCGUACAUGUCGCCGUCGCAUGUGGAGCAUCAGAUUCGAGAGGAUGUCAUUCACAGAAUUGAGAAAAUUAUUAAAUCUUUGUGGCCCGACGCACAAGUGCAGGUCUUUGGGUCGUUUCGCACCCGACUGUACUUACCCACCAGUGAUAUAGAUCUUGUAGUAAUAGGUAAAUGGUCAAAUCUGCCGCUGUGGACGCUGGAGCAAGAGUUCCUCAACAAUAACAUCGCCGACGAGCACUGCAUCAAGGUGCUGGACCGCGCGUCGGUGCCGAUCGUGAAGCUGACCGACAAGAAGACCGAAAUCAAGGUGGACAUUUCGUUCAACAUGAGCAACGGCAUCAAGUCGGCCGAACUGAUCGGCAACUAUAUGAAAACGUACCCGGUGCUGCCGAAGCUAGUGUACGUGCUGAAACAGUUCCUACUCGAGCGCGACCUCAAUGAAGUCUUCACGGGCGGUAUUUCUAGUUAUAGCCUUAUUCUCAUGUGCAUCAGCUUCCUGCAGCUGCAUCCGCGUCGCGAAGAGAACGCCGGCAGUAAUCUCGGCGUGCUGCUGAUUGAAUUCCUCGAGCUGUACGGGCGUAAGUUUAAUUAUCUGCAAACCGGCAUUCGGAUACGUGACGGCGGCCGCUACAUUAACAAGGAGGAGAUGCAGAAGGACAUGACGGACGGCCAUCGGCCCAGUUUGCUCUGCAUUGAAGAUCCGCUCCUGCCGAGCAACGACAUCGGCAGGAGCAGCUAUGGUGUCUUACAAGUUAAAAAAUCAUUCGACUUUGCCUACUACACGCUAACAAGAGCCGUACACAGCUCGACAGGAGAUCUGCACAACAAUUCAAUACUCUUCAAGAUCCUGAAAGUGUCCGACGACGUGGUGCGCUACCGCAUGUGGGUGCAAAAGACUUUCGGUAACAUGCUGCCCCCGCCCGCCUACAUGACAAUGUCGAACGCAGCCCACGUCACACCUCGCCGUCCGCGCUCGCUCUCGAGCGGGAGCACAUCGAGUUCCACCGGAAGCGCAUCAUGUGAAGGUUCCGAAUCUGAAACGCGUGAACAAGUCUCCACCACGAGUAUACGACGUGACCCGCCCAACAAGCACGCGCAGUCAAUACGCGGUCAAACUCAUCGGCUUUCACGCGGCUCCAACUACGCACACUACAAGAGCAGCGCACAGAACGGGGCCGGAGGCGGCGGUGGCGGAGGCGUGAGCGCGCGUCCCAACAAGAGCCGCAACCCAAAGAAAACGACGAAGCCCUUCCGUGACUUCCGGAUGGAGACUAAAGAGUGAAAGCGACUGCGAAUGGUGCGCGCGUGCUUAUGUGAUGUUUAUUACUCUGCGUAGACAAGUCCCACACGCUACGGAAAACUGCAAGAAGACAACCAACAUAACAACAACAACAAAAAACUACAAAAACGUGCGACGCGGACGAGCGGGGCGAUCACACGGACUUUUUUUCAGGUCCGGGCUUGCGCCCUUCCCGCAGGAAAACUCAAAAAAAAAAGAAGAAAACGCUUUUAGAAAUCGUUGCCCGACGUUUUACUACCUUUAUUUACAUUUUUUGCAUUCACGGUGAGCUAACGAAACUAAAACCACAACUACAACAACAACAAAAAAACUACAAUGAAAAAUAGACCGGUUUAUUCUACAUUCGCACAUUCACAAAAUGGCGGCGACGGUUGUUGUUUCUCUUGUUUGUUUGAUUAUUUUAUCUGGAAUUUGUUUUACGUUACGAUUCGAAGAAGUGAUUUUACGUUACAUUUUGGGCGGCCUGCGCGCGCACACUCUAUUCGUUUUACUUAAAACGCCGAGUUCCUGAUCCGCUAGAUGGCGGCGAUCGCGCUUCCGAAAGUCUCGCAACCUUUCUUUCUUUUUUAUUAGUCACAAUGAUUAUCUUACACCAGUCAUAUACUUACGUUACCAAAGUGCGGUUGAAGACAAGAAACAAACACACAAAAAAAAUUAAAACCAAAAAGCAGAAUUAGUACGUCAUGAUUUCCGCGCGCGGCGAGAUUUGUAGGAAUAUCUAUGACCAAUGCUGUGAUUUAUUUACGUUUUAAGAACAAACUAUUCAAUAAGUAUCGCGAAUUAAUGCGCCUGCGUGAAUUUGUACAUAGAUAAUUAGAGUAACACCCAAAAAAAAUACAUAAUUUCGAAAAAAGUUAA